GAAACACGUGCGUGCGGGUUCAAGAAAGGUUAUGUGUGUUAAUUAAAAUGCCCUUUCUUUUAUUAAUCGCCGUUCCUAUUGUUCCUUUCUCAUCCAUAUAUGAAGCGCUCGAUGUUCACUUCCGAACUGGCCUCAAUUCGUCCACCUCUUAGUAAUUGUGUGCUUGUCUCGAAGAAUUUGUUUUGGAAAUUUGGAUGAUGCAAUACACGCCAAAUUUGCAGUGAUGCACAAGUGCAUUGUGGUGUAAAGCACAGCGCUGUAACUGAUUAUGUCAUCGUACUUUUAAGGCGGCAAAUCUAAACACUCAGAAUUCCCAUUGAUACAUCUACCAAGUGCUAUACAACUUCCCUGUCCUGCAAUAGCUGAGCAAAAACGCAUCCAGUGAGGGAAGAUGACUACCACGCCGAUGCUGAACUCCCCCGUGGAGGCGGGUGUCACGACACCUGUCGGUGGGCAGAAGCCGGAAGUCCACGAAAACGUCCACCUCAAGAAGCAGUUGGGCCUCCUUGAGGGAGUCGCCAUCAUCCUGGGAAUCAUUUUUGGUUCGGGGAUCUUCAUCUCCCCGAAGGGUGUGAUCCAGGACAUGGGCUCUGUUGGCGGCUCACUGAUCGUCUGGACCCUGUGUGGUCUCCUGUCAAUGAUCGGAGCUCUCUGCUACGCAGAACUCGGGACAUCUAUCCCCAAAUCUGGUGGCGAUUAUGCUUAUAUUCAUGAAGCAUUUGGCCCACUGCCGGCGUUCUUGUAUCUCUGGGAUGCAAUUUUAAUUUUUGUGCCUACAACAAAUGCCAUCAUGGGUCUGACAUUUGCAAGUUACGCCAUUCAGCCAUUUUUCCCAAACUGCUCAGUACCUGAUGCUGCAGUUAGAAUGAUUGCAGCUGUCACCAUAUGUUUCCUGACGUUCAUGAACUGUUAUGAUGUCCGCAAGACUAGUCGAAUGCAAAACCUGUUUAUGUUCACUAAGAUUUUGGCACUAGUACUUAUUAUCAUUGCAGGGUUGGCAUAUUUUUUUAUGGGCAACACUGAAAAUUUCAAUAAUCCCUUUGAAGGUUCCCACUCGGAUCCGGGCAGGAUUGCUGUGUCCAUUUAUUCUGGUAUAUUUUCCUACUCUGGAUGGAAUUACUUAAACUUCAUGACUGAAGAGCUGAAGAAUCCUUAUGUUAAUUUGCCACGAGCUAUUUACAUAUCCAUCCCACUGGUGACAUUCAUUUAUGUGCUUGCCAAUGUGGCGUACCUCGCAGUCCUCACUCCGAUAGCGAUGAUCUCCUCAGAUGCCAUUGCCGUCACAUUUGCAGACAAAGUCUUGGGACCGAUGUCGUGGAGCAUGCCCCUGCUGGUCGCGCUGUCUGCGUUCGGGGGCCUCAGUGUCCACAUCAUGACGUCUUCCAGGAUGUGCUUUGUCGGUGCCCGGUACGGCCACUUCCCGGCCAUGCUGUCUCACAUCAAUGUCAAGCGCCUCACCCCGACCCCUUCUCUAGUCUUCCUGAAUCUACUUUCACUCAUCAUGCUGUGCACAAGUGACGUUCACGUACUUAUAACGUACUCGAGCUUUGUCGAGUCGUUCUUCAUCAUGUUAUCGGUUGCUGGAAUACUGUGGUUGCGCUGGAAGAGGCCUGAAAUGGACAGACCAAUUAAGGUGGCGUUAUGGAUUCCCAUAACCUUUGUGCUGAUAUGCGCUUUCCUCGUCUUCGUGCCAUUCUACGAGCGCCCGUACGAGGUGGGUAUGGGCGUGUUGAUAACCGUGACAGGUGUGCCGGUGUACUACAUGGGGGUGGUGUGGCAGGACAAGCCUGCCUGGUUCCUCAGUGGCCUCGACAAACUGACCUGCAGUGUCCAGAAAUUAUUCCUGUCUGCCAAAGAAGAGAAAGAAGACUAAUUUCAUGCUGCAGAAAACCAAGGAAAUGUAGUGUUAAAUUAUAAGUAGUUUAAAAACUGAGCUUGGCAAGUACUUUUUUUUUUAUAUUGCUUGGUUUAUGCCGGAGAUUGACAUGUCGAGAUUUGUCGCAGCCAGUUGGUAGGUAGUGUUUGUCAGACAGUGUAUCAGACGGAAGUUAAGAAGUGCUAUAUUGCAGUGUGUUACCUAAUUUAAUUUAGUCAGUGUAAUAUUUCAGAUUUUAAGUUUUAUGUAUUUGUCUUCGCUGUGCGAGGAUAUUGCGUGAUUGAUCAUUAACUACUGAGUACGGCAUCACAACUUUGUUUUACCAAAAAAUAAGAGUCAGAUUUUUUCCGAUUCUUUCAAACAUUUUAGCAGUUCUCCUCAAAGAAAGGCACUUCUCAUUACAGAACAUUUUGACUUUGCAGCAGGAGCAUAUUUUACAAGUUUAAGUGUCAAUUUUGCCUCUGUUUUGGAUGAUCUGAUAUUCAUUUACAUUAUUUUGUUUUAUUUUUUACAGUAAUAUUCAUAUGGAUGUGACACAUACCAUCAUUUAGUAUUAAGCCCAUUUUAGUGACGAGUGGACAGUAUUUUUCAUGCAAAACUGUAAAUUAUGUUUUCAUUUUAAUGUAGUUAGUUUGAUGUAUUAUUAGUUUUAUGUGUUUUCAGUUGUAUGGUGAACUUAUGAUCUUAAUAUUAUUUUUGUGUCAGCAGACCUCUGCUGUUGGUCUGGGAAAAAUAAUACCUUGAACCAAUGUAAGCAACAAGGCAUUAAGUAUGUGUGGUGUGUUACUAUUUUUAAAAAAAAAUGCUCAUUGUACAAAAAGCUAUGACAUACUAUCUUUUUUAUGUUGACAAUUCAGAAAUUAAGUUACACUUUUUUAAAAGUAACAUUGUACUAUAACAAUUUUAUCAAAGAAUUGGAAAACUAAGUUUUAAUGGCUGAAAGUCUUUCUUCAGAGUGCUGCACUUGAGAUCUUACAUAGAAAUGGAUAGCUGCUGUUUUUGCCAUAAAAUAAUAUCCACUGUCUCUGACUCUGAAAUCCAACAUCUUGUCAUCUUUCCAGACAGAACUUACUUUUUAGCAGGAUGCGUGCUAUUUUGAAACUGUUUCAGGAAGUAAUGCUUUCUCAGCUGCAGUUGACUUAUUUAUUCCAUCAUAACCAGUUGUGAACCUAUCAUCCAGGCUUGAAAACUGUAGAGAGAUCACAAAAUAUGGAACUGAAUGACAGAAUUACAUGUGUGCGUGGAAACCAAACCAUCAGUUUCCAUCAUAUUAACCCUCAAAUUAAGGGUUAGCUCACAUCUAAAUUGAUAUCAUGACAAAAUAAAUAGUCAGCUGCAGCUGUGGACAUUUAUAUCAUGAAAUAAUAUCAGUGUGGAAUCAUGAUUAUUUUCUUUACAAAGUGGGCAUCAUCAUGAAAUUUCCAUGUGCCAAACUGGCUCUGAAACUUGGAUUCAUGAAUUUCGUGAACAACGAUUCUAGUCGCUAACUUAUCCUCAAACAACUUAUGAUAGAGUUUAGAGCUUGGAUGUUCAGCCAGUAAGAGCAUUGCCAACAAAAGACUUAGCUCUGAGAUUGAUUCUCGGUCUAGCACACAGUUUUAAUCUUCUUUACUUAUUUUUUGCACUUGUUUAUAUUCCUAAUUUUCAGUUUUAUUUCCUUUGCUACCACACUCUUGGGUAACAAUGUGUUUUCAGAAUGGAUAUUCUUAGCUGAAAGCAGAAAUACCAGGACAAAAUACAGAGCCUGUUUACAAACUUUGUUUGGUUCAGUGUUUGAGUGACUUCUAAAUUUGCCCUCCCUGUUCAUUUGUGCCCUUGUGGAAUUUGUGAUCAAUAAUAAGGAUUCAUUAAAAAGAACUACGUUUUCUCUCUCUCUCUCUCUCUCUCUCUCUCACUCUCUCGGAGAACACUGUCCGGAGCAUCGUACAGAAAGGUACAUGCUGCUCUGCAAAUUCCGUUUUUAAUAGGCUUCCAUCAUAAGUGGAAAACUUCUAACAAUAAGUGAAAUUUUAAAAUUGUAUGGUGAAAGCCUUUGGUGUGGAAACCUGCCUAUAUUUUGUACAGAAGUUGCACCCAAUAAUAGGGAGAAAUUCCUUGUAAUGUAAUACUCAUAUGUAUGUAUUAUGCAAAAUAUAUAAGUUAACUCAUAAGGUGGUCAUACUUUAAUUUCUUCAGUUCAUCCCAUGUCAUCCAGUUGGCCCCAGCUUCAUUCUUUGCAGAGACAUGCAGUUUGUCAAAGUUGAUAAAAAAUAUUUUAAGAAUGUGCUCUUUGUGGUUGGUGGUUCAAUGUUGAAUCGAAGAACAAUUGUCCCCUUCACUGCAUUUACUGACUCAUUUAUUCCUAAUUCUAGAAUGCAGAAAACACUGAGCUCCACAGUAGCCAUUUUGCAACUAUCUAUUACCGUCAGCACCCCAGUGGUCCUUUCCACAAGUAUCAACACUCUAGGAGUGAUGGUCGAAGCUGCAGUCUCUUCUCCUAAUGAUGUGUAGCUUAUUUGUGUACAAUUUAUAUUGAAUGAAAUAAAAAUUAAUUUAUGUUCAUCUUUUGAAUAACUAUGUAUUGCUUGUCAUUUCUUUUAUAUAAAUAAUUGACAUCGGGCUCAUUUACCACAAUGGCAUAGAGCAUCAGCAAAUAGUCAGAAUAUGGUGUGAAAUGUCUAGACAAAAACAACUUUUGCCUCAGCUGUGUUAUUGAUGUAAAAAUGUUCACAAUCAAUUUCAAAGCUGGUAGAGUUUGUUUUCGGGCACCUCUAGUGGAUGAAAUAGAUACCUGCAUUCGUGCAGACUUUUGCAUUUGGUAUACUUGUGUACAGUUUCAUUCAUCUGACAUGGCACAUUUAGUCUUCUUUCUUCCUUACUGAUGGAGGACAUAGAAAAAUAAGUAUCAACACUAUACAGUUCUUCUUUUAAAAUUUUCGGGCUGGAAGACCAGAGUUGAUGCAUAAAACUAUUCACUAACCUUUAGUCCCCAUCUGCAGGAGACAUAUUGAGAGAUGAAACUGACAACUAUGUAGAAAGCUCAGAGGGCCCUGAAUUUAUAGAAAUGUAAUGACCUGUAUAGAUCACAGCACAGUUCAUGAAGUAACGUGUAUGAUUGUCUCCAGUUGAUAACACCAUUAUCAAUUACAAGUAAUAAAUUGUUAGAACUCUUUUCUUUCUGCAAAGUCGGUGUCCAUAUUUUACUUUAUUUAACUCCAUUUCUCUCCAUAAAUUGAUACUGCCCAUCAAUACAAGCUCACAUGUUAAUGUGUCAUCGAACUCCAAAUGCUAGUCUCAGGAAAUUUGAUUUCAUUUUCUUCACACUACAAAGUGCGUUUCGCUACCACUGACUUAUCAGUUUGUCCACGUGAAUGUUCCUCUAGUGUUUUGCCGAAUAGGUGUUCAUAAUUAUUUUGUGUUUCUGAUACAUACCUGACGACAGAGGCACAGAACUUUAUACACACUACCUGUCGCUAGUGAAUGACGUGCACAUUUCAGAGAUUGUAGGAAUUAAUGUGUUUCCUUGGUGUGCUUGAAGAUUGUUUAACCCCAUACUUUACCAACAGCUCGGAAUUUUUAAUAAGUAAACAGCAGUACUGAAAUACUUCAUUGUGUUAUUAAAUAAUCUACGUGUUUUGCUAUAUAGAUACCAUGUAUACGACAGAGCUUGAAGAAUGUAUGGAUGGAUAACAUGUUGACAAUAAUGGACAGCGGCAAGCAGUGGUGCUUACUUGGUUAAGUAGCCAAUCAUCUGUUGUCUGAUAGUUGGAAAACUAUUGCAAACUGUUACAGUGUUGCUUGAGGAGACAGAUUCACUGUUGAAAAUUCUUGUGCUUUCUGCAGUCCUUGCUGAGCUGCAGUACAUUUGGCACAAACAAAUUUCUUGUCCAAAAUAGAAAGUGUAACUUAUUUUCUGAAUCUACCUCGCAUAUCACAAUGUGGACUAUAGUGUGUUACUUACUUCACAUUUAAUUUGUACAGUAGUAAAUGUACUUUCAUUGCACACCAUUGUAGAUGUUCAAAUCAUAUUAGUCCCAUUUUGUUUUGUUGCUGUGUGUGCAGCAAUUAAAAAUUGACUGAAAUUGAAUCUCUGUAUUUUAUAGUGUGUCUAUCAGCUUUUCUAAUUCAUUUUUUUGGCAGUAUGUUUCUUAGCAAGAAUGGCAGUUUGCUGUACAGUCACCUUCGUAGUAAUAAUUUUUAAUUGUAAUCCUUGAGCUUGUUUGGCAUAGAAUUUAGUCAAGUGGCAGCAGGAGAGAAAACACACAAAAUACACUGAAAUGUGCAAGAUUUCAGAACCAGUGGCCCCACCUUAUGGCAGUUGAGAUUCUGAACCCCUGAUCUAGGGUUCUGGGUGAUUUUUAUGUAACUCUCUCCAUGUCCUGAACCUCAACAAUCCUUUUCUUCAUCACUCUCCCUUUCCCUUUAACCCUUAUGCUAGGAGGAGGAGCCACUGACUCUGAAAGCUUACGCUUAUGCAUUUCAAUAUGUUCUUUAUGUUCCUUCUCCUGUGGCUUCUUAGUGAUUAGAUUUUUUUAUCUGUCUGUGUUGUGUUAUAGUCUGGAAUAUAAUUUGUCGGUACUGGCAGCAUUUUAACAGUUUUUGUCACAUACUGGGAGCUCCCGUGUACUGGGAACAACUGCAGUAGAUCUGAUGUUACAUUUCCUUUCACACUCCCUGUCCCCAGUUUGUAUGUGUUCUGUCCUACCUUCAGUGCUCAUGCAUAUUUUCUCUUUCUUUCCCAUAUCUGCAGGUAGCCUGAAGGAGGAGCUAUGUAACAGUUCUGAAAAUAAAAGAUUAUUGUUACACAACCAAGCCAAAUGUGGGCUUUUUGCCAUUGCAGUAACUAUGUGGUGUUCACUGUUAUUCUGUUGUUUAAACAUACGUCGUGACAGCAGAAAAUGUGUUCAGGCAA